AUGGUUCCAUUAGAUGAAUUGAAUAAACUCAACAAUCACCUGUAUGCAAAUUGCUUGAGGGAAAAACACCUCAUCACCUCAGUAGGUCAAAUAGAGACAAUUGCCACUAAGAACUCACUCCUCCACAGACAACACAAGAACUGCCCUUGUAAUCCCUGCUCACAAGACUGA